UAGUUUACAUUUGGUAGUAUUAUAGCAAAUGGCAUCGCGUGAAGAUGACAGUUUGUUCUGUGAACGAGAAAAUUAUUUUUAACGUAAUAAAAUAAAGCGGCUGGUCAAUAUUUUUGUAUAUUAAGAAGCGUAAUUGCUCAAUUAAUCUCGACAAACAAUUAUAUAAAAUUUAUACAAAACAAGAGAAAAAAAUAGUGGUGUCGUCUAUCAGAUGUUCAGAGUGUGAUUGCUCUUGUGUUAUCAUUAAUUUGUGUAUGUUGUUGUAAGUGGUGUAAUUAAAUUUUCGAAAAUGACGGACAGUAACGCAGUAGUCAUGGCUUCCGCUAAUGGACUAAUAGAUAAAUCCAAAGAACUCCAGAAGGAGAUUCUUAUGGAAAAACUUAGAUCCAAAACAUCACAGUUCAAAAACUUAACAGAGACUUCCAAAGGGGUCCGAAUGGCUUUACUGGACAAAAGAUGGGGUAUAGAUAGUGCGGAUCGAAUGAUACUGAAGAAGUGCCUUGACAGUUUGCAGCAUUGUAUUAAAGUUAGCUCCUUGCAGAGUCUCAUUGAGCGUCUCGAGUGCUUAUCUAGGCAACUUGGACUCAAAUUCGUAGUUGGAACAUCAGGAGUGAAUCUAUUCAUAUCAUCAGAUAUGUUUUAUUUGGAAAUAUUAGUUGAAUCAUCAGGGUCAGUAAAAGAUGUUAAAAUUCAUCAUGAAGGAAAAAUUGAACAACAAAGCUGUGAAGAACUGGUUUCCUGUAUAUCUCGCGGGGAUUUCGCUGAUUUCACAGCUCAACUGGAAGGCUUAACAGCGGUUUAUCAACUAAGCGCUGAAAAAAAAGUAACUUACGCCUCAAUACCUGUUACGGGGGAAGUCCGCAGGGUAAAAUGUAAAGCAUUCAGUGCUUUACAGAGCUUAGAAGAAGACUUAUGUACAAUGAGACAACUCCAGAGUUUUAUCAAGGAUCCUUGGGCACAGGUUCAUAAAAGUCCCAUAGGGUUCUUGCAAAAGCGAAGAGGAGGUCACGCAAUGCGUCUAACCUACUUCGUGUCGCCAUACGAACUUUUAGACAAAGACAAAGGCCUAAAUCCACUGACAGCUGAGCUGCUGACAGUUGGCAAGCCGGCCGCUACGAGUGGUCUUGCUUCACUGGUGGCUCCUUCUCACACGCCUAUUGGACAUUCGGCGACCGUCCUUCUAGAAGGUUCGACGCCAAAUAAGCUGCAGCUGUCGCCUAUUAUAUCUGGCGGACAGCGUCCUGGGAAAGGCAACGGACCUGUGUACGCUCAAUUAGUGCCGCAGAACAGUGCGAUGCUCCCCGCGUGCUUUACGCUCAAGCUGUCGCAGCCCACGCCGUUGUGCGCGGGACUCGCCAAAUUGAUACAUGCCACCACUGAGGUGGAGGUGGCAGGUGACUGGGCCAAUGCUAAACCGAUGUUGGGUCUGGUUGCCCAACACGCUUACAACAAGCUCACGCCAGGAAAAGUUAUCGAGUUGAAUCUCAGCAAGGGACUCUUUGUGAACCUGCCGGAACAAACGCAAUGCUACUUCGUGUGCGAGACGCGCGGGCUGGAGGGCUGCGUGGUGGGCUCCGUGCCCUUCACGCACCCGUCGCACGUGCCGCCGCUGCUGGCGUGUCUGCGGCAGCAGGCGCUCUUCAACGCGCUUAUUGCGAGCUGUGUAAGGCACCAGGCGAAGCAGUUCAUAGAAUUGGAGAGCGUUCUAAUGUUCGAAGUGAGCGCGUUGUCAUGGCAACACAUAUCUAUUUCUCUCGAACACCCGGGAGACGAGAGUAUGGCCACUGUUGAACUGGAACUAAGUGACCCGGCCGCGCCCAGAGCCUCAUUGUAUACGCUACAUAACGCAAACGCUGAUCAUAUUAAUGAAUAUAUCACCAGGGUCUUACAGAAAACUCAUUCAAUACCUAUCACACUCAGGUCCCUUAUAAAGAUUUGGGAGCGAGAAGCGGCUAGUAAGCAGUUAAACGGUGGUUACUCGGCUCUGGAGCCAAAUUUUAGCUGUGGCCUGGGGGGCCUCGACCCGGGCGGUGACCAAAUCAAACACGAACCCGGGUCCAUGCACUCGCGAGCCCUCUACCCUUCCAGUGUCAACCAUCCGCACCAAGGAGGGGCAUAUCUCUCUGAGCAGCAACAUCACUUGUCUGUAAUGUGCCAAGACUCAGUGAGCGAUACAAAACCUCAAACUGAGGAGCGUAAAUCUAAAAAAAGAAAAUCUGACGAUGUCUGGUCUUCGAGUCAGAAAAAGGGCAAACAGGGCAUCACUGAAAUGAUGGACUCUGAUAGCGAGAGUGACAACUCAGAUGAGUAUGUCAACGAAGAUGAGAACACUAUAAAUAGUAACUCAACGAAUGAUGAUAUGGAAGGUCGCGAGUCCUCAGUGUCACAGAACGAGUUCACUUCAGACAUGGAACUGUCGGCAAUGGACGCUACCGAUGCCCUCGGUGGACAAGACAACAGGACAUCUUCCGAUAUGGACAACUCAAACGAUGGAGAUGUUGACGAUAUUAUCCGGAAUUCUUUUCACAAGUCUGAUCACAAAAGGCAAAAACUUAAAAGCAAAGACUCGGAAUUACGCCCAAGUAGGAGCGCGUCUUCCCUUCUCUUGGACUUAACCGAAGGGAAGUCUUAUAUGCCGUCUUCGGUAAGCAUAACUCCUAUAGGUAGCACAUCGAACACACCCAAUGCUGGUACCGGGUCCAGUAUAACAUCGAUGUUAUGCCUGGACAGGCGGCCGGGCAUUGAGAUAAUCCCCAUCACAGCGGCAGCACCAGCCGCUCUGCCCAGCUCCAUAACAAUAACACCGAUAACAUCAUCACAAAUGAAAACACUUGACGAUCGUAUCAGAUCCGAGAAGAAAUCGAGCAGGUCGGGGGAAGAAAGAAGUAAGGAAAAGAAGAAGAAGCGCAGAAGGGACGACUCCAUGGGCCCGCCAGAGAAAGUGCCUCCCAAACAAGAUCCGCUCACCAAACCCGUCUCCGUCAGCAUCAAGCCCACAGAUGGUUCCCCUUUACGUGCUACUUCCCCAAACUCUCUUAUUCGAAAAUUUAGUCCAAGCCCAACACACGGCAGGUCCGUUUCGAUAACGAAGUCGCCGAGCCCCAGCACUGUCAAAGGGAUGGGAAAGCCUUCGGGAACGUCUAGUCACCACAGCAGUCCUAGACAUUCCCCAGUACAAAAUAGCCCUAAACAUUUGUCCGGAUACUCGAGUCCAAAAAACCACAGCAUCUCGUCCCCUAAGCACAGUUCUUCGGGGUCGGGAAAACCAAGCAUGUCGGCUCUAAAAUCAGCAACCAGCGGGUCACCAUCGGGUAAAUCUGGGACAACGGGGUAUGACCUUACAAAAAAGAUAUCCAAAGACAGUUAUGGCUCUAGCUCGAUGACUUCGAGGGAUAAAGAAAAGAAACAUUCCAGUUUAUCUUUUUCUAGUUCUGAUAGGAGUAGUCCUAAAUUAAAAAACCCCAUCAAAUUGAAACAGUUAGAAAUCACCCCAGUGUCUUGUGAUAGUCCUGUCACGGAACCUUUGAUAUCCCCACCUAACAUUGAAGUAAACAAAUCAAACGCUCCGAGUCAGGCUCGCAAUAGGAAAGGUUCUCUCAGCGCUGUGAUAGAUAAGCUCAAGUCUGCCCAGCACUGCGGUACUGAUUCUGAAAUUAGUGCAAAAUCUAGUAGCUCUUCCAGUAGUACCAAGUUUUCAGAUCCAAAAGCAAGUACGGCUGGCAGUAGUGGCAAGCUUAGCGAUAGCAAAAAUCAAGAGUACAUGGUGAAGCCGAGCUCCGACGGUAUGAAGAUAACGAUUAAUAAAACGAGAACAAAAGAUUCUUCUAGCAGUAGUUCCAAAUUGAAUUACAGUAGUUCUAGUUCUAAACAAUCAUCACCACAGCUCACUCCACCAAGUCAAGGUUCUCCCAAAACUCAUACAGGUUUAAAGCCGGGAGUCAUAAGUGGACCCGCUUCUAAAAAAACUCAAGCCAUGCAAUCUUCUAAAUCUGGUAGCGUCACUUCAGGCUCAACUCCGCCGAAAGCUAAUAUGAGUCCUUCAGAUUCCUCCGGCUCUGGUAACUCAAGUAUGCCCAAAGUGCCUUAUUCCAAAUCAUCUAGCACAAGCAGUGCAGGUAUAAACUUAUCAAAGUCUGGUUCUAAAUCUAGUUCUGGUUCCCCCAAAAGCAGCAGCACGGACCUCGCCAAAAUAAUAAGAGACAGGGAACGAGAAAAGGCUAGAACUAAACUUAUGACUAAUUCAGAGAAAUCUAUUUUUUCAUCGAAAUCUGAACGCCAUUCUAGCCCCAGUGGCUCUAGAGACGAAAUAGAUGGAGAAAGGUUCAAAAGUUCCAAAGAAGCUAAUUUUCUUGUAGAAGGUUUAAUCAAACCACUUGAUACCAGUAAGUUUCAAAUACCGAAAUUGAAAAACCAAAACACGCCAGAUAAGAACAGUCCUGCGGCCCAAUACGAUCAACGGUCCUUAGUCAACGAUUUUGCUCGUACACUUGAACAAAGCAAAUAUCAGUUUCCGCACUUCGAUAACGCAGGUGCCAGAACAGCCGAUUCCCUUCAGAAGUCUGCCUAUCCUUUGAACGUACCAAAACCACUACUCAACAUGGGCAGCAUGAGUCCUAAGACAAUACCGCCUGGUAAAAAUGAUCAGUCCGAGAGGCCCCUAGAAUUUUCUAAAGCCAUGGCCGACAGUAUAUCGAAGGGAGAAAGCCCAGUCAGAGCUAAAGACGAUUCAAAAGAUGGGUUUUCAGCAUCGUUUCCUAUACUCCCUCUGGAUUUUAAAACCGAAAUGGCAAAGGGGUUUGCUGCUCCAAAGGGUAGUUCGGAGGACAGAAAAGGCGCCGAUUCAUGUAUGAAGCCUCCAGCGAGCGGUGCGGUCGCUCGCAGCGGAGCUACGACGCCGCAGGAAGCCGCGGAAAUGUUACUGGACUUCUCGUCGUCUUCGGGCAGCAAGGUGUCGGGCAUGGUGGCCGUGCGGCCGGUGUACCCGUCGUCGCCGGCGCUGGCGCUGCAGCUGGCCAAGAGCCCCGCGCCCUCGCCGCUCGUGGCGCCCUCCCCGCACUCCAACUCGCCCUGCAUCACCGACGACGAGCUCAUGGACGAGGCGCUCGUGGGCCCGGGCAAAUGAGUGCCAGUGUACUCUCCGCCCUUGCCAGGGGUGAGACCACGUGUUACCACGUGCGAACCAAAUCAUGGACACUUUUCAUAUUUUAUUGUUUGAUAUACAAAUCAUUUACGAUUCCCUGUAUAAUUUCAUCAAUCAAUCAAUAUUUAUUUAUAAAGUAAAUUAUUCGUAAUUUUCUCUCUACUUGUAUACUAGUUACUGAUUCUUAUUUUUAAUGACCUCAGAUAUUUUUAAUGUAUAAGGAAAUAUUAUGUGAUCCAAGUAUAUUUUUAGUAAUCGAAUAUCAUAUUUGUGUCAUACUUUACAUGUGUAAUGUAAAAGACGAUUAUAAGUUCAUGUAUUGUUUGUAAACGAAGGAACCACUACGCAACUGCCAUGAGUAUAAUACAAUUUAGUGUACAAUGUUUUUCCUAAUUUAGAUGAUGCAGUAAUUGGAUGCAACAAUUAACAAUCAAUGUAUGUAAAUAGAUAGAGGUAAAUUAAUAUAAUGAUGAUAUUGAAAUGAUUUUGUUGGUAAGGCAAUUGUGCUUAUAGAUUUUGUAGAAAUAAAUAUAAUGAAAAUCAACCACUA